AGAGAAACGAGUUGAAUAAUUGGAAUCAGGAGAGUCCAUCAACCAUUCAUGCUUCAAUGCAAGAUCUUCUUCUCCAUCAAGGGACAAUAAAGAAGAAAUGCAUUGGGAAAAGUGUAAAGUUAAUCAAAGCUCAAUUGCAUUUGAAUGAACAUUGUCCAAUCCAAAACAAAGGCGAAGAUGCCGUAAGUAGACACAAUGGGAAAAAAUACAAUGGGACUUUCACUCUUUCUCUUGGAAAUAAGUCCCUUACAUCUCAAAAAGGGAUUGAUACAGAAGAGAAGCGUUAUAAAUGCUUAGAAUGGGGAAAGAAUUUUAGAAAAAACAGGCAACUUACUGUCCAUAAAAGGAUUCACACAGGGGAGAGACCAUACAAAUGUGUUGACUGUGGAAAACUCUUCUGUCGAAAGUCUUCCGUUACUUACCAUCAAAUGAUCCACGUAGGGGAGAAGCCUUUUAAAUGCAUGGAGUGUGGAAAGACAUUUAGUCGGAAUGAUUAUCUUACUGCCCAUCAAAGAAUUCACACAGGAGAGAAGCCAUUUAAAUGCAUGGAGUGUGGAAAGACCUUUAUUCGGAAAAGUAAUCUUAAUGCCCAUCAAAGAAUCCACACAGGGGAGAAGCCAUUUAAAUGCAUGGAGUGUGGAAAGACCUUUGCUAAUUGCAGUCAACUUACUGUGCACAAAAGGAUUCACACAGGGGAGAAGCCAUUUAAAUGCAUGGAGUGUGGAAAGACCUUUUCACAAAGCGCUCAUCUUUAUUCCCAUAAUAAGAUCCACACAGGGGAGAAGUCAUUCAAAUGCAUGGAGUGUGGAAAGACCUUUGCUAGGAGCACUCAGCUUUCUUCCCAUAAAAGGAUCCACACAGGGGAGAAGCCACUAAAUGCGCCAAGUAAAUCAUAUAGGUGCAUGGAGUGUGGGAAGACAUUUGCACAAAGCUCUCAUCUUUAUUCACAUAAAAAGAUCCACACAGGGGAGAAACCAUACAAAUGUGUUGACUGUGGAAAACUCUUCUGUCAAAAGUCUUCCCUUACUUACCAUCAAAUGAUCCACACAGGGGAGAAACCGUAUAGGUGCAUGGAGUGUGGAAAAACCUUUGCUUGCAGCAGUCGACUUACUUCGCACAAAAGGAUCCACACAGGGGAGAAGCCGUUUAAAUGUAUGGAGUGUGGAAAGACCUUUGGUCAGAGCAGCCAUCUUACCUCCCAUCAAAGAAUCCAUACAGGGGAGAAGCCAUUUAAAUGCAUGGAGUGUGGAAAGACAUUUAGUCGGAAUGAUUAUCUUACUGUCCAUCAAAGAAUUCACACAGGAGAGAAGCCAUUUAAAUGCAUGGAGUGUGGAAAGACCUUUAUUUCGAACGGACAUUUUACUGCCCAUCAAAGAAUCCACACAGGGGAGAAGCCAUUUAAAUGCAUGGAGUGUGGAAAGACCUUUAUUUCGAACAGUCAUCUUACUGCCCAUAAAAGGAUCCACACAGGGGAGAAGCCAUUUAAAUGCAUAAUGUGUGGGAAGACCUUUGCUCGGAGCACUCAACUUUCUUCCCAUCAAAUAAUCCACACAGGGGAGAAGCCAUUUAAAUGCAAGGAGUGUGGAAAGACCUUUACUAAAAUAACUCAUCUUACUGCCCAUAAAAGGAUCCACACAGGGGAGAAGCCAUUUAAAUGCAUCGAGUGUGGAAAGACAUUUAGUCGGAAUGAUCUUCUUACUGUCCAUCAAAGGAUUCAUACAGGAGAGAAGCCAUUUAAAUGCAUGGCAUGUGGAAAGACUUUUGCACAAAGCGCUCAUCUUUCUUCCCAUAACAAGAUCCACACAGGGGAGAAGCCAUUUAAAUGCAUGGAGUGUGGAAAGACAUUUAGUCGGAACGAUUAUCUUAGUCUCCAUCAAAGAAGUCACACAGGAGAGAAGCCAUUUAAAUGCAUGGAGUGUGGAAAGACCUUUAUUUGGAGCAGUCAUCUUACUGCCCAUCAAAGAAUCCACACAGGGGAGAAGCCAUUUAAAUGCAUGGAGUGUGGAAAGACCUUUGCUGAUAGCAAUCGACUUACUGUUCACAAAAGGAUCCACACAGGGGAGAAGCCAUUUAAAUGCCUCGAGUGUGGAAAGACAUUUGCACAAAGCGGUCAUCUUUAUUCACAUAAUAAGAUCCACACAGGGGAGAAGCCAUUUAAAUGCAUGGAGUGUGGAAAGGCCUUUGCUAGGAGCACUCAGCUUUCUUCCCAUAAAAGGAUCCAUACAGGGGAGAAGCCAUUUAAAUGCCUCGAGUGUGGAAAGUCCUUUAGUCGGAAUGAUCUUCUUACUAUCCAUCAAAGGAUUUAUACAGGAGAGAAGCCAUAUAAAUGUAUGGAAUGUGGGAAGACAUUUACUCAAAGAACACUUCUUAUUUCCCAUAAGAUGAGGCACACAGGGAAGAAGCCCUUUAAAUGCAUGGAGUGUGGAAAGACUUAUAAUUGGAACAGUGAUCUUACUGCUCAUCAAAGGAGUCACACAAGGGAGAAGCCAUUUAAAUGCAUGGAGUGUGGGAGGAUCUUUACUCAAAGAAGUCAUCUUAUUUCCCAUAAUAUGAGGCACACGGGAGAAACCGCAGAAAUGCAUGGAGUGUGGAAACAUCUUUCCUGAUAAACGUGAACUUACUCUUUCCAAAAGGAUCCACAUGGGAGAAGCCAUUUAAAUGAAUAGAGUGUGGAAAAACCUUUACUUGGAACAGUCACCUUAGUUCCCAUAGCAAGAUCCACAAAGGGGAGUAGCCACAUAAAUGCAUGGAGUGUAGAAAGACCUUUAAUCUUAGAGAUCAACUUACUUCCCAUAAGAUGGUCCACUUAGGAUAAACCACAUAAAUGCCUUGGAAUAUGCAAAGUGUUUCAGUGAUAAUGUUUCCCUUACUUCCUAUAAAAGGAUCACCCUCGGGAAAAACUUUACAACUCCAUGGAAUGUGGAAACAGCUUCAGAUAAUAGUGUUUUCUUUAAUAAGGAGUAGCCUUAUCAAUUCAGUGUGGGAGGAGCCUCAACAGGAAUAGUAAUCUAAAAUCUCGUGCAAGGGUCUACUUGGAUAAUAAUUCUUAUAAAUACUAGACGUACUUCGAUAUGAUCCAAAGAAGACAAGUGAAGGCUCAAUCCUUAUUCUUUUAGAUAAGUAGGAGGUUCUAAGGCAAAAAUGAGAACCAGUGGAGAUUAAGUGCAUUAAUAGGCCUGAAAGUGAUGCAUAAAUAUCAAUAUUUAAGUGAUGCAGGUUCCCCAAUCAUUUCAAGAAACUCCCUCUGAUGGAUAGAUAGAUAGAUAGAUACUGUGGGCACAAUGGCACACAUUAAAAAUGAAAUUUAGUUGCUUGCUCUCAAAGUGUACACAUCUCAAAUAUAUCCACUAGAGCAGAGUUGGAGGUAAAAAUGCAAUUGGUCCUGAAUCCCGCAUUAUAGUAAGCUUUCCUUUGCUUAAUCUCUUCACAAUCUACCUUUCUACCCUCCUUCGCAUUAUGUAAUGCAAGAAAGAAAACCGUAAGGAGAAUGGGGUUAUAGUGAUGCUGAAGUAGAAGAUGCAACUCAGGCUGUGUGUCCCAACUGUGUAGUGAUCUUUCCUCGCCUUCUCUCAUGUUGGCUCCAAAAUAAAAGUAAAGAGAGAACUUAAAAUGUGCUACCCUAAAACAUAUUGAAGUAUCAGCAAAGGAAAGGGAAUUUUGGAAACUGAGCCCAGAAAUACAUUUAGGAUAAGCACUCUAGGGAUGUGUGGGAGAUAUUUGCUACAUCUGAGUGUGCUGUAAAACACAAAACAAUUACUGCUUCUUGGACAUAAAAAUAAUUGAACUUGAUUCUACUGAAUAAAAUAGGGAUAAGAGAUGGACAAUAGGAACGAGAAAGUAUUUUUCAAUCAAAGUGUCUUUAUGCCACAGAAUCCACACCAAAAAUCUAUGUAAAUGUACAGUAUAUAGCAUGGAAAGAGCUUCAGAGGGAGAGUUUCCUUUUCAUCAAAAGAGCCACAGUGAUGAGAAGGCUUAUAAAUGUACAGUCUUCCGAGAAGCUGCCAAAUUCUGCUUUGCUGUGGGGUUGAAAGGGGCUGGGAAAAGAUAAAACAGAUUGUAUUACAUUUACCUGUAACCUUAGAUUAAAU